GCGGGGGCUCCGAUUCAGGGGUAAAUCCACCCCCACCCUGGGAAAGAGGGGGAGGAGGGGAGACCCCCCCCCACAUUUCCGGCUGAGAUUGAAGGAUCCCUGGGUCCGGUUCCUGGGGCAGCGCCAAGGGAAGCUGCAGCGGGAGUUCCUCCUCCUCUCCCCUCCCAUGCCAGCCCCCCCGUUAGUGCCAGGGCACUGUCCCUCUCCUCCCUUGGGCACGUUGGGUUUUGAGUGAAGAAUAUUUGCCCCAUUGUCUCUUCCCAAUCCCAAGCUCCCUGUGGCCUCCUGGGAAAGGAGAGUCCCUGGCUCAGCCCCAGAUGUUAAGUGGAGCAAAGAGAAGAUUCCAGUGUAGGUGGCUCCCUUUAGAACAAAAAGGUCUUCAGAGUUUAAAGACUGUGCUUCCUGUUUCUGGUGGUACUUACAAGGAACCUGCUGUCAAUUAAUAAUUUUGCAGGCUGCACACAGUGCCCCAAAGGGAUUGAAAUCAGGAUCUAGACUAACUCUGGAUGCACCCAGUAGCUGACUUAAAUUCUUCUUUAGCUCGUUUAAAAAAAAAUAAACACAAAUCAGAUUGUUGGUGAUAUUGGCCUUGGCUGCCUAAAACCAAACAACAAAACCCUUCCCAUCAGCUUUGAUUUUUAAUUGAGAAUGAAAAUACGAAAAUAGCUCCUCAUAUCAUACCUAUCAGUAUGUGGAGUCAGAAAAUCAUUCCCAAAACUGGUGCUUUGGGGUGCACGAGUGCACAUUGCACUCGGGGAUUGAGCUGUGCACCUUAUUUUCAGAAUAGACUGCUGUGUUAUUUGAUUAUAAAAAUGAAAUAUCCUGGGAAUAGUUAAUUUUGAAACAAAGGAACUUGGAACUACCACCAUGGCAUGCAAUUAAGUUGGAUGUGUAUACAACUGAUUAGGCUUAAUAGACGGUGCUAAAUUUGUGGCUGGAUACCCGAGCAUUUCAGGAAAAAGUUGGUGUAGAGGUACUUCCUUCUGUCCCUUUUCCUCUUAAAAUAACACCCAUUCAAGCAACUGGUUCAAGAGGAAGUUGACUACUCCAGACACUCAAGAAAAGAUCACGAGAAAUUAAUUGGAAGUCUUUGAAGACCAACGUUCUUGCCGAGGUUAUCCAGGUUACUUUUUAAAGAAGAUUUCACUGAUCGCGUCUGAAGAAGAAAGGGUGAAGCCUGUUUUCACUAAGAGAGGAAGAAGUCUGUGUGGAGCAAUAGCCCUGAUAACUUGAGUUUAUUCUAACAAUCUGUCCAGCAUGUCUAAACAAGGAGAUGAUUGCUACUUCUAUUUCUAUUCCACGUGUACCAAGGGGGACGGUUGUCCUUUCCGUCAUUGUGAAGCUGCACUGGGAAACGAGACUGUCUGCACACUCUGGCAGGAAGGGCGCUGCUUCAGGAGUAUCUGCAGGUUUAGGCACAUGGAGAUUGAUAAAAAACGCAGUGAGAUCCCUUGCUACUGGGAGAACCAGCCAGUUGGCUGUAAGAAGUUAAACUGCGCUUUCCAUCACAACAAGGGACGCUAUGUCGAUGGACUCUUCCUACCUCCAAGCAAAACUGUGCUGCCAAGUAUGACUGAGUCUGUAGAAGAGGAGGUGAAGGUGACCCAGAUCUCGCUGCAGCAGAAUAAACUCUCUGUCCAGUCCAACCCCUCCCCCCAGCUGCGGGGGGUGAUGAAAGUGGAAAACUCUGAAAACGUUCCCAGCCCCACUCAUCCUCCAGUCGUAAUCAAUGCUGCAGAUGAUGAUGAAGAUGAUGAUGAUCAGCUUUCUGAAGAGGGAGAUGAAACUAAAACACCUGUUCAGCAGUCAGCUACAGAAACCCAUAAUGGAUUGCGGAUAAUUUCUACUCGGAAAGCCAGUGCUAAUGCAAAACAAGAUAACAGUUUGAAUUUUGGAAUAAAAACACUUGAAGAAAUCAAGUCCAAAAAAAUGAAGGAAAAAUCACAAAAACAAGGUGAAGGCCCCUCUGGAGUUUCUGUUUAUCCACUCCAAUCCCAGACCAUUCCUGGUCCGGAAAAGGAAAACCUACGGACGGUGAUCAGGACUGUAACCUUGUCUGCAAAGCAAGGUGAGGAGCCUCUGAUUAGAUUGAGUCUCUCAGAGAGACUGGGAAAACGGAAACCCUCCAUAGAUGAAAGUUGCCCUCCAUUGAAGCGUAGCCUUGCUGAAAGGCUGGGAAAGAAGUUUGAAUCUCUGGAGAAGACUGACAAAGCACCAAAGAGAGUUCAAGUCCCCAAGUCUCUUAAGGAGAGGCUAGGAUUGCCAGCUGAGCACACUAACACGGAGACAGAGAGAGCUGCAAAACCAGCAGGUGAGAUCCGUGUGAAAACACUAGAAGAAAUCCGUCUUGAGAAAGCCAGCCAGAGACGGGGAGAACCUCAAACCAAACCCAAGACUGAAGAGACUUGUAGAACAGAAGAUCCUAAUCCAAGGGUGAGACCCUCCGCAACAAUUCGAAUUAAAACCUUUUCUGAGGUCCUGGCUGAGAAAAAAAACAGGCCGCUGGGAGAGGAAGAGCAGCUAAAAGUGGAGGUAAAGCUAAAAGCGGAGGAAAGCCCUACCAAGCCGAAGACUGAGAGUGAGCCCAAGAAGCAGGGCACUGCAGCUCCGCCUAUAGCCAGCAAAGGGCAGCUGGAGGAGUCAACAGGCAAAGCCAUGUCAAUAGGGGAGGUGCGCAUUAAAACAUUGGAGGAGAUCAAGCAGGAGAAAGCCAUGAGGAUGCAGCAGAGUGGAGAGAACACCCUAAAUACGCCACCGCAACCUGAGCUUACUCCGACCGGGAGGAGAUUACUGCGUAUUACAAAGUUGACAGCUCCUGGAAGAGAAGAAAAGAAGUUGGUGGAGUUGAGCGUUCCGCCCCUCAGAACUGGCCCAGCAGACAAGGCUGCAGAGUCUUCAGAGGAGAGUGCAAACAACUCUACCGUUCAGAUGAAGAGUUCUGAAGAAAUACUGAGGGAGAAGCGGCAGCUGAAGCCACGGCAGAAGGAGAAGCUCCAGAAGGAAAUAUCUGCUAUGUCAUCCCCUGGAGAAGAAACGACUGAAGAGAAGAGCCCAGUGGCCGGACGUCUUGAGUCCACAGUGACACCUGGAGCAACUCAUCGGUUGACAAAGAGACUGACUGUGAAAUCAGAGGAAGCAGUGAUGGAAAGUCCAGGAAGAGAUGGUUCAGUACUACCAGUGAAACAUGCAGCUCAGUCUCUGGAGCGAAAGGCUAAAGCCAAACCCAAGGUGAAUGUGAAGCCAUCAGGCGUGAAAACCAUCUCCCCUGCAAAGCAGGCCAUGAAACGUAAGGUGGCUGAAAGUCAUCCUUCUGCCAUAGCUGCUGUGAAACCACUGAGCACCACUAGCAGUGACUUGAAGGAGCUCCCAGCUAAAAAAGCAGCUUUGACUACUGUUCCAGCCCUGCCGGAAGUUAGUCCAGCCACUGUACCGGAGAGAGCAAAAUCCAGAGACAGCCCUGAGUUGCAUAUAGGAAGCCAAGCAGCCUCUGUGGCUCAAUCAGAGAUGUCAAGCCCAACCUCUUCACAAGCAGCAGUAAAGACCCGCAGACUGAGCUCCACCACAGCUGGGAAAGCACCCUUAUCCGUAGAAGAUGACUUUGAGAAGCUGAUUUGGGAAAUCUCUGGAGGCAAACUGGAAGCAGAGAUUGAUCUGGAUGCAGGGAAAGAUGAGGAUGACCUCCUGCUUGAACUAUCUGAAAUGAUUGACAGCUGAACCAGACUUAUACUUACCUUUUAAAACAAAAAACAUUUUAAACUCUAUUUUGUUGGAUACCCAAGAUAAACCUUUUUCUUCUAUAUGAGGCUUUGCCACAAGUCUUCAAGUACACUUGAACUUGUAGAAAUUGGCAGUAUCUGCACUCAAUUGUCGUUAAUUUCCCUGCAGGUCAGAGUUAAGAGCCUGUGUACCCAUCCUGUUACCACAGGCAGCUAUUUUGAAUAUGUGAGGACAAAACACUUCACAGUUUCAGGCCAGAAAGAUCCUGGAGCCCAUCUAUAAAGCCUAGGGGUGUAAACUUCUUCCACUGAUUUAAGGCUGUGAAGGCUUUAAAAAAAAAAAAAAAAAGUUUUUCUCAGCAAGGUGUGCAAAACUCAGUGAGUGUGUUUCAAAGCUUUCUUUUGCUUUGUUUUCUUGGAUGGCCUGGAAUUACCAUGGCAACUCUUGAGUUGUAUUUGUCCUUACCUUCUUGUUUUAACAUUCUGGGGAAAAUUAAUGAAAAAGUGGGGCGAGAAGGAUAAUUACUACAGUAAUGUGGGCCAAACAUACUGCCAAAGGUGCGAGAUUGGGUUAGUCCAUCCAGCCUUACUUCCUUUUAAUUAUCAGGGACAACACAAUAUCA